CAGUUCACCCCCAUUUGCCGGACUCUAGUGCUCGACCAGUCACGACUGGAAGGAUUAUUCUUCUCGCGCAGAUUUAGCUCACGAAACCAUCACACCACCCGCCAGGACAAUUUCGCACAAAAAGUGGCUUUCGUGAUAAGCAUAUCCGCUCUGUCGGCCGAGCGAGUUCGUGAAGAUAUUUUCUAGACAAUACAUGAGAGAGUCAGGAGACCCAUCUUGACAAGCACCAUGACACACAUUUCCGCUUUUGUUCCGAUCGAUAGAACAUUGUCAAUGUCCCUAGCGGUUAUUUCUCCGCUCAACAAGCUUUUCACACCACAUCCUGAUCUCAGCCUUUCAAAUGGCCUCAUGAUGAAGCCGAGACUCUCGACCUCGGCCGGAAGCGCACCAUUGGCCCGUCCUUUGCGCUCGUGAAUGUGUCCUUGAGCUGAUACUCAACAGUGAAUCCCGUCAUUGGCUUGUCCUCUGCGAGUCGCAUCUCAUACAGGUAGAUAAUACGGGCCAGGGCGAUGGUGAGUUGUGUGUAGGCCAGACCUUUACCGAUGCAGCCUCGGGCUCCAAUGCUAAAGGGACAGAACG